AUUAAUGAAGGGAAAUGCAUGGAAUCUUGAUCUUGUACUCUUGCUUCUGAGGUCAUAGAUGGUGUUUCGUGGCCUCUUUCUAUACAGUUAGACGAGUCCACCUUAUUGGAAACACGAGCUAUCAUGCAGACUCUAUUAGCAAAGGUCAAAAUGGUGUAUCUUGAACAGGCCCGUCUCAGUUAUUUAAGUAGCCGUGAACUAGUAGAUUAGGUGUUAUAGUUCUUGAUGUUACUUGAUAAGUGAGAACUUAGAGUACUCUUCAAUGGAGAAAGACUCUGAGGUAUGCGUGCUGGUAGUUCCUUUUCUGGCGCAAGGUCAUUUAGGUCAACUCCUUCACCUCUCCCGUCUCAUUUCCUCUCAUAACAUACCAGUGCACUAUGUAAGUACCACCACUCACAUCCGUCAAGCCAGAAGCCGCCACCAGGGCUGGGACCUCCAGACUUCUGAAAACAUUCACAUUCAUGAAUUCCCCAUCCAGCCUUUUCACUCUCCACCUCCUGAUCCCAAAGCGUCCAAUAAAUUUCCCUUCCAUCUUCAACCAGCAUUUGACGCCUCUGUUCAUCUUCGCGAGCCUGUUUGCAGACUCAUUACGUCUCUCUCUGCAAGUGCUCGAAGACUAAUCAUCAUUCAUGAUGAACUAAUGGCUUAUUCUGUUCAAGAUUUUAUUUCCUUGGCCAAUGCUGAGACCUACACUUUUUAUAGUACUUCAGCUUUUUUUUAUUAUUCUUAUUUCUGGGAUCUCAGCGGAAGGUCUAAUGUAACUGAUGACCACAUUCUCCGACAGUUACCUUGUAUGGAAAGUUGUAUUAGUUCAGAGUUGUUUGCUUUAGCAGAAAAACAACAAGUGCACCUCAAGAAGUGCUCUGGUCACCUCCACAACACUUCUAGAUUAGUCGAAGGUCAUUACCUCGAUUUGCUCCAGAAAUUGCAGAAUGACAAGAAACAAUGGGCUAUUGGGCCAUUUAACCCUGUUGAAAUUUGCAAAAAUUCAGAUGAAAAAAGACACAAAUGCUUAGAGUGGCUAGACAAUCAAGCUUCAAAUUCAGUACUAUUUGUGUCUUUCGGCACAACAACCUCCCUGAGUGAUGAACAAGUCCACGCCCUCGCAGUUGGCCUGGAAAACAGCUCCCACAAGUUUAUAUGGGUAUUGAGAGAGGCAGACAGGGGAGACAUUUUCACAGGAGAAGUCAGGAAAGCUGAAUUGCCAGAGGGAUAUGAAGACCGAAUAACCAAAGCUGAUCAGGGGGUUAUAGUGAGAGACUGGGCACCUCAGUUGGAGAUUUUGGCCCAUGCUUCCACUGGAGGAUUUAUGAGCCACUGCGGAUGGAACUCAUGCUUGGAAAGCAUUACAAUGGGAGUGCCCAUGGCUACGUGGCCAAUGCAUUCCGACCAGCCAAGAAAUGCAGUGCUAAUCACCAAGGUACUUCAAGUAGGUACCAUGGUCAAGGACUGGGCUCAAGGGAAUGAAUUAGUGGAAUCUUUGGUAAUUGAAACUGCUGUAAAAAAGUUGAUGGCAUCCAGCGAAGGGGAUGAAAUGAGGAAGAGAGCUGCAGAGUUCAGUGAAGGGAUCAAGAAAUCUGUGACUGAAGGCGGAGUUCGUUGCAUUGAGUUAGAUUCGUUUAUAGCUCACAUAACCAGAUGAUUAUAAUUCAUAGCGCAAGUGUAUACUCAUCUCAAAACACGAUGCAGCAGGGUAAUGCUAUAAUCAUUAGUUCUUAAUUUCAAAAAUGUCGAAAAUAUAUGGAUCCAAGAUUUGAGAUCCUCUGUUAUUACAUAGGAAUAUGAGUGGUAGACAUUUAGGCUGUGCUAACAUGCAUUUUGUGUUUUCAUACAAAAUGUGUGUGGGUUGUUAUAUUUGAUGUGGAGAACAAAAGAAAGAAUCUUUAUAAUAAUUAAUAACUGCUUCAUAGUUCGUAUUUGUAACUUACUCUGUUCAUAGUUAGUCACUUCUAGCGUGUAGAUAUUGGAUAGAACUAAUGAUUGUUAAUUUUCUAUG